CUUCCUGUCCUGAGUUUGCCUUUUGCCAUAUAUGGUUAUGUUUUUGUCCCUCACUCUCCCUCUCUGUUUUCUGACUAUAAAGUGAGAAAUGUCUUCAUUUAAAAUUACAAUCAUAAUGCUCAGAUCAGUUAUUACCAGUGUCGGAAAACGUAUGGUUGCCGUCCAGCUAAUUUUGCACCCAGGAGUUGUUUGUUUUAAAAUAGCAUGCUUUGUUUCCUGCUGAUAAUGUGAGUGAUUUCACAUUCAUUUUCACCGAAGCUUUUGCUUUGGUCUCCAAGAGGAUAGCAUUGAAUGCCAUCGUCUGCUCUCUUCUUUUGCUUUUUGUUUUGCGAUGCCUGAUCCUGUUUUUGUCAUGUUUUUCCAGCACUGCCAAAGGCUUUUAUGGGCUGGGUUUUUAUUUUUUUAUUUUUACUGGGGUUUUUGAGAAAGCACAGCCCAAAAUCUAAACAAAAGCAAAAGAAAUAAGCCUAUUACAGGGAUUUUCUCUCAAAUGAUAACUUUAUUAUCUUCACAAGACAUGUGCCGUUAAAUGAUAUAGAUGUACGGUGCAUUGUAGCCCGUUUUAACACACUGUUCACAAAAUCCCAGUUUGUGACAUUAAACGGCCAGCAUCUCAGUCACAUACAAUGAAGCUAAUUAUUUGGUUUCCAAACACUUUUCUGUUUCAAAUGUGGUUUUGAUAGUCUUAAGGAUAGGGAAGGAGCCUAAAAAGUGUCCCCGGUGCAGUUUCUAUUGAAUAUUUUUGUUUUUAUAGCUGCUAAAUGUCAACUUCGGGUCAGUGUUUAUACGUUAAAGACUCUUUCUCCCUGGUGUGACGGUCUCCCUCCUCAGUUUCUCCUGGUAACAGCCAAUGACACGCAAGAGCUCUUACCGUCUACUACAUGUUUAACCUGCUCGCUGCGCGCGACGGUUUUGCGCCAGCUCGGGAUAUUUUGCCCGCUCCAGUCGUCUUGUUUCGUUUAUAAAAGCCGCGAGGCGUGAAUGAUAAUGCGACAAAUAGAAACCGAAAGAAAUACAUCGAUUCAAAACAAACCGUACCCAUCGCCGCCUUCGCUCCACAUCGCGCAGAAAUGCUCCUCUUCGUAACCUUCGCUUUUCUCGUACAUUUAUGCCGGGCUCUUCCGAGGACGUCUGCGUUCAAUUCGAGCGCAGUGUUUUGGUGGACGGGACGGUGGUGGAGAGGGUCCUUGUCCGUGAUGAACAUUUAAAGGGACAGCUCGACGAGCAACCUGUUGUCAGAUCCAUUAAGGAUGAAGUCCUGAGGAUGAUGGCGGAGAAUCAUCGUGAAACAGCAAGUUAUGGGACAUACAUGCGUUUGAGGGAAUGCAGACUGCGAGGAUAUCAAGUCCUGCAGCUGUCUGACAGGUUUCAGCUCAAUGGCACAGAUUAUCUGUCUUUAGAUUCAGACAGCGAUUCGUGGACAGCGUUGAUGCCAGAGGCGCAGGAUCUGGAGAAACUGUGGACUUUUAAAGUGGAGCAUGCGAGUCUAGAGAAAAUUCACCUGAAGGAAGAAUGUGAGGCAUUCAUUAAACAGAUGAACGACAACCAAAAUCAAGAAGAGCACGGUGUGUUAAGGGUGAUAGCUCCGGUCCUUGCCGCUUUUUUCUUCAUUGGAUUUGUGUUUAUAAGCCUCCUUAUCUUCAAGCGACACGCAGGUCAUCAACCAGGAGGUGUGUUAGGCUCCAUUAUUCACUAUCCAGCCCAUCACCUCGAAGAACCACUGAACAAACAGAGUCAAGAUGAGAUCUCUCAAGUUCCAGUCCUGAAGGGUCCUUACAGCAAUCACCUAACCUGACCGACUACAUUACUGUGAAGAAUCAACUCUUCGUCGUGAUUUCAAAGUUCAGUAAUAAAAAUGAUCUUGAAAGCUUCA